CAGUGGCCGGUUUAUUAAAGAAGUUUAUUCAAUACUAUUGUAUUUGUAGAAACGUCACAAAUAGCAACUUGUUGAUUUUGUCUAUAAUCUUCAACCUUAUGUAUAAGUUCCAUUCAAUAUAUAAAGCACAAUAACAAACAUACCACACUAAAUUCAUUUAAUUGUCGAUUAAGAUCUGAAAGAGUGAAAACGUACGGGUCAUAUUCAAGUACAGUUUUAGAAAAGCUAUGGUUGAGUGAUACAACGAGUUUAACUGCAUUAUUCAACGGAUGGCCAAAGACACACUAACAAUGAUUUCUGUUUUGAUAGUAUGUAGCUUGGUUCUUACAAUACAUUGUGCAGAUUUGAAUGUAUCGACGCCGGUUGGGGUUAUUCGCGGUGUUGAAGCGACAAUUAACAUUGAAGGAAUUAAAUUUUCAUUUAAAAACUACCUUGGUAUUCCGUUUGCUAAACCACCAGUCGGAGAUUUACGAUGGAAACAACCGCAUCUCGGGCUGCUUGGAUUCAUGAGCACCAUGGAUGAGAACUGCCCGGGUAAUUUUGGAUUCUGGGAUCAGCGACUUGCACUAGAAUGGGUAAAUGAUAACAUAGGAUAUUUUGGAGGAGACUCGGGGCAAAUCACGAUUUUCGGGGAAUCUGCAGGGGCUAUAGGUGUUGCUCUUCAAUCCAUGUACCCGAGUAAUAGUGGAAAGAUAUUCCAAAGGGCAAUAUGUGAGAGCGGGGUUGGGUCUGUGAGUUUCAUUAACUAUACACAAAAUACAAAGUACAUGGUGAAUGCUAUAGCAGAGAGGGUUAAUUGUAUGGAAAAAAGUUAUGCAGAAGUUAUAACAUGUCUAAGAAAAGUAUCGUGGAAGAAACUGAUGGAAGUUGUGAUGGAUCUAAAUGAAAACGUAACACGACUUGAAUAUAUCAACUUUGAUACUGUUCUUGACAACGAUUACAUAAAAUAUGAUCCAAAAGAGUUAAAACACUUUCGGCAGACAGAAACAUCGAGGAAUUAGAAUUUUUCCGACGCAUUGAUUUUAUGAACGGCUUUAAUCAGUACGAAGGUGGGAUAUCCAGGCAAUACUUCACUGGGGGAGAUAUGGAAGCCUUCCAACCUACAUUUUCCGAUUUUGUUGAACUGAUUCCUUACGCAACUUUCGUGAUUGGUGAGGUUCCGAUCGAGGUAAUUCCGCUAAUUGCUCAUGAAUACACAGACUGGACGGAACCGAUUAAUUACGAAAAUAUACGACGUCAGUACGCACAUCUUCACGGCGAUAUCCAGUUUGGUUUUCCAGCCGUGGAAACUUCGUUACUUCACGCAGGAAGUUUCAGUCAGGACGGAAGAUCCUACAUGUUCCAUUUUCUCCCUUCCCCAACCAACCGGUUUCCGACAACUCCCACCUGGCUGCCGGGAGCUGACCAUGGUGAUGAGUUGGCCUUCGUUUUUGGGCUGCAGUCUGAUCCUUGGAUCAAACAGUGGGAAUUAGACCUGUCCCGUAAAAUGAUGAAAUACUGGUCAAACUUUGCAAAGACUGGAAAUCCAAACACCGAAGGCCAGGAUCUUCUAUUUUGGCCGGAGUACACCCUUUCAAAACAAGAAUGCAUGUCCAUUGACAAGACCAUGGACAAUGACUCGGUGAAACAACACUUUUAUGCAGAGAAGCUGGAGUUCUGGUCAAAUGUGUUUCCAACUACCAUAAAGGCGCUAGAAGGUGACCGAACUUGUUCUUCCAUCGACGGUCCAGUUAACGGUGUUGGAAGGUCUGUGACCAGAACCGGACACGCGAUGUUUGCUCUUAUCUUGUUGUUUGCUUAUGUUCUGUAAUAGAA